UUUCCUCCAUUUUUAGCACUUAAGUACGGCUUUUUGUUUCUUAUGUUUUUCUGUGUUCACUUCCUCUCUGUCUGCUUAUGAAAGGAGAUAGAAAAUGCAUAAAUACUUGUUGAUUUAGUAAGACACGAUAGGGAAUGUUAUGUUAGUCUUACCUUUGAGAGAAGGAUUUGUACACUUACUACUCUACUUCAGUGAGGAAUGAUGCAUUUUGUGAAGUAUGUUAUUUCUAUACUAGGCUAAUAAGCUACUACUAAUCUAAGUUACUUGGAAACUCAUUAACUGACCUCUUCUGUUCCUUCUCUUUUCUCCUGUUUUCCUCCAUUCAGUUUACAUUAACAUUUGAUAUUGGGGUAAAUAUCAUAGACUCUCAGGGCCCAUAAGCAUUUUAGAUGUUGGCCCAGUCCAGUUAUUCCUUUGAUGUUUGAAUGAGUCUGUCCUCAGGAUUCCUGAAAAGUGAUCUUCCACCCUAACCGUGGGCCCCCAAACCAGCAACAGGAGAGAAGACAGUUUUCACUGAUGCUAAUGAGCUGCUUCUGUUGACUUUUGCAGAUGACUUAGGGCACAGAAGCCAUUCCCUCUGGUAGAAUCUGUAAUUAUUAUAUUACUUCACAUUGGUUGAUUAGAAAUAUUAAUAUCUAAAAGCAUACAAGGAGAGAAGUGGGUAUUGAUUUGUGUAUAAUAGAAAGGGCAGUAGGAUAAUUUAUGUAGUAUUUAUUUGGGCAGUAGGAAAGUAAGAUGUUAUAUUGUGUUUACUGUUGUUUCUUUUCAGUUAGUGGGGUGGUUUCAAGACCUCCCCAGAAGUGGAUUGACAGUCUGUCCCCUCCUCCCUUGGAUUCCUACUCUGCUCAUUUUACAAACUUCACUUCCUGGUCAUCCCUUGAGAUGUCAUGAAGAGCAGUUAGACGAUACAGCAUAGAGUACAUAUGAUCAAUUUUGUGGAUCCUGUGAGCCUCAAUUACUCCAUGUUUAUUCCUACCUUGCUGAAUCAGGGCACCACUGCUCAGCAGGAGAAAUGGCUGCAUCUCUCCAAAGGAUUACAGAUAAUUGGCACCUACACCCAGACGGAAAUGGGCCACGUUUUGUGCACCGAGGGCGGCCUGAGCCUCUGGACCUUCAUUUGGGCAUGUUCCUGCCCACCUUGCUUCACCAGGCCACCGUGGAGCAGCAGGAGCGCUUCUUCAUGCCCGCCUGGAACUUGGAGAUCAUUGGCACUUAUGCCCAGACAGAGAUGGGUCAUGGGACUCAUCUUCGAGGCUUGGAAACCACAGCCACUUAUGACCCCAGCACCCAGGAGUUCAUUCUCAACAGUCCUACUGUGACCUCUAUUAAGUGGUGGCCUGGUGGACUUGGAAAGACUUCAAAUCAUGCAAUAGUUAUUGCCCAACUCAUCACCAAGGGGAAAUCUUGUGGAUUACAUGCCUUCAUUGUACCUAUUCGUGAAAUUGGGACCCAUAAACCUUUGCCGGGUAUUACUGUUGGAGACAUUGGCCCCAAAUUUGGUUAUGAUGAGAUGGAUAACGGCUACCUGAAGAUGGACAACUAUCGUAUUCCCAGAGAAAACAUGCUGAUGAAGUAUGCCCAGGUCAAGCCUGACGGCACAUACGUGAAGCCCCUGAGUAACAAGCUGACCUACGGGACUAUGGUGUUUGUCAGGUCCUUCCUCGUGGGAGAAGCUGCUCGAGCUCUGUCUAAGGCGUGCACCAUCGCCAUUCGAUACAGCGCCGUGAGGCACCAGUCUGAAAUCAAGCCAGGUGAGCCAGAACCACAGAUUUUGGAUUUUCAAACCCAGCAGUAUAAACUCUUUCCACUCCUGGCCACUGCCUAUGCCUUCCAGUUCGUAGGCGCCUACACGAAGGAGACCUAUCACCGGAUUAAUGAAGACAUUGGCCAAGGCGACCUGAGUGAACUGCCUGAGCUUCAUGCCCUCACCAGCGGGUUUAAGGCGUUCACCUCCUGGACAACCAGUGCUGCCAUCGAAGCCUGCCGGAUGGCUUGUGGUGGACAUGGCUAUUCCCACUGCAGCGGCCUUCCAAACAUCUACGUUACGUUCACCCCAACCUGCACCUUUGAGGGAGACAACACUGUCCUGAUGCUGCAGACAGCCAGGUUCCUGAUGAAAACCUAUGACCAGGUGCACUCAGGAAAGUUGGCGUGUGGCAUGGUUUCCUACUUGAAUGACCUGCCCAGCCAACGCAUCCAGCCACAGCAGGUAGCAGUCUGGCCUACCGUGGUGGAUAUCAACAGCCCCUACAGCCUCACCGAAGCGUAUAAACUCCGUGCAGCCAGAUUGGUAGAAAUUGCUGCAAAAAACCUUCAAACUGAAGUGACUCACAGAAAAAGCAAGGAGGAUGCCUGGAACCUAACUUCUGUUGACCUCGUUCGAGCAAGUGAGGCACAUUGCCACUAUGUGGUAGUUAAGCUGUUUUCAGAAAAACUCCCUAAAAUUCAAGAUAAAUCUAUCCAAACUGUCUUAAGGAAUUUAUGUCUCUUGUAUUCUCUGUAUGGAAUCAGUCAGAAUGCAGGGGACUUUCUUCAGGGAAGCAUCAUGACAGAGUCUCAAAUUACCCAAGUAAACCAACGUAUAAAGGAGUUACUGACUGUAAUUCGCCCUGAUGCUGUUGCUUUGGUUGAUGCAUUUGAUUUUCAGGAUGUGACCCUUGGUUCUGUGCUUGGCCGCUAUGAUGGCAAUGUCUAUGAAAACUUGUUUGAGUGGGCCAAGAAAUCCCCACUGAAUAAGACAGAGGUCCAUGAAUCUUAUCACAAGUACCUAAAGCCACUACAGUCCAAGCUGUGAAAUGUCAAAUCAUGAUAAAUUUUAUCUGCUUCAGAAGAAAAAUGCAUGACUUCCUUCAUUACUGGACAAAAAAUCUGGCUUGGAAUCUUCAUCAAAUUCAAAUAGCUCUAGAGCAGAUGAUAAGCUGACCCUUUUCCUCUUUUUAUAAAUGGGAAAAAAAAAACAGAUUUCAGAGAUUAAAUGAAAAAUGGAUGUGUUUUAAGUGUAAUUAAUACUGAAAGAAACCCAUUAACCCUUCAGAAAAAGCUUUUAAGAAAUGCAGGAUGACUUCCAUUUGUAGUGCUGUUGGUCUCAGUCAGGCCAUAGCUUUUCAUAAUUAGCAGAAUUUAACUACCAAGUAAUUAAGUAUAUUUCAAUUUUAAUUGCUAAUCAUUGGAUAUAUAAGUUUUUAAGCAAAAGUAUUUUUAAAAUGGGAUAGAACUCUUCUAGACUUUUCUGCUAAUGUCCCACCAUUCCUAACAGGGGCCUGGCUAAAAAGCAGGAUUGAAGAAGUGGGAUUGGAAGAAAGAAACUAACCACAGGCUUCAUGUGAUGAGGUUGGGCUAGACAAAUUUUUUGCCUGCUUGCCUUUCUUUGCCAAUAUAUUGCUCCUGUCUAACCAUUCAUAGUGGCAUUUUCCAAGACAAGAACUUCUUCAGUACAAGUCAGGACCAUUGUCUCAUGUAAUUAGGAAUUGAUCUCUAAAUUGUCAGUCCAAAGCACUACAACUCCUUGAGAAGAGUAGGUAGCAAAGUUAUCUUUACAUAUGACUUUUGACAACUGAUGGGUUCUCAAUCAGUUCUCUCCUUCCCUCCUUCUCUCUUUUCUUUUCUGUCUCCUGCUCCUGAAAGAGAUGCUGAAGGAGGGAAGGGGAGAAAAAUAACAGUUCCCCCUUAGAGUAACUAUAGGGAGCACUCUCAGCUAUGGCACUGCCAUAACUUUGGUGACUUUACUACGUGGAUUUGGGGGACAAUCCAAAUUUCCAAUAUUCUGUCAUCUUCCAAAAGCCAUUGGAGGUUAUAAUAUUUGGCCUUAAAAAAUAGAAGCAUUCUUGUCAGAUAGCACAGAAAUCCUUUGACAAAAAAUAUAAUUCUUUGUUCUGAGUUUUGAUUCAAAAAAUAUAAUCAAUGAAACUAUGGCUUAAGGAUAUUAAUUAGAGGUUCUGCAGAGUAUUUUUAUUGUAUAUCUGGCUUUGUAUCUGGUAUGUUUCCAGGAGCUUGAUCUGAAUUGCUAAAUUGUCCUUUCAGUUGAAAUCUAAUUUGCACAAUCAUUCUAUAUCUAAAGGUUGAAUGUAUACCUCUUAAUGAAUUUUUUCUUAAAAAUCAAUGUAAAACAAUGCAUGUCACUUGAUUUUUUUUUUUUUUUUUUUUUUAAUCUGUUAACUGUGUCUGACGCCUGUUGAAACCAGUUGUUCUGGAAUCAGUCUUGGCUAAUACAGUAUAAUUCAGUAGAAAUGUAUUCUCCAUGUAUCAUAUCAACCUCCUGUCUGAGAACCUGACAAAAAGUCUAUCCCAGUGCAACCGGAGAUGAGACCUUUAGGUUACAGCAGAAGUACUGUACGUUAGAACAAGCCUUAAUCUUCCCUUUGGGAGAACUAAUUGACGAUUGUGUUAGGAUUGAAGUAGAAAGCACUCUGUUAAUCUCAUUUAGGUAUAUCUUGAUAGUAGUUCAGAUUCUGGGAAGUAAUAGAAAGUAAAGUGUUUAAUACUGACCUGUAAAAUUAUUGCAAAAGUAGCAUUUAAGUACGUUAUUUGCAGAUCUUUGGGAAGGAACUGAGGGUGUUUAAACCUAUGCUCUACUUAGGUUUAAGAUGAAACCCACCUAAUCCAGCUGCAUAGAUCUGGAAGCUUACUUAGCAGGUUUGAAGAAGUUCCAGAAACAAAAGAGUCACCUUCAAUCCAGCACCUGGAGUUAAUAUUUAAAAACCAAAUCUGAGGUUCAGUACUGUUUUUAUUAAGAUUGGAAUGUUUUAUCUUGAACUUUAUUCAGUGUAAUCAAAGAAUACAGAGAUAGUUAAGUCUCAUUAAUUUGUACUAUUAACAGGGAAAGAGCAUGCCACAUAAUUAAACAUAAGUUUAAAUUAUGAAGAAUUUUUAAAUGCAGGCUUAUUGGGUUUAGGUAAUACUGAACAAAAAAGGAAAGACUGAGACCUGCUUAAAAAGAUAGCUAUAGCUCAACUGUAAUUAUGUGGUUGGAGCAGUAAAGAGUGCUGCCCUGUUAUCUCUCUUAGUACAUAUUUGUUAGUUGCAAGGUAGAUCCAGUUUGCUCUCCCUGUAAAGCAGACCUGCCACUGAUAAGUUUGGUUCGGUCGGGUUCUUUUGUGAGCCUUGAUCACAAAAAGUACAAAAGAUAAAUUUCAACUUCUCCAAAAAGAUGACAAAUACUAAGUAGAAUUAAUGAGGUUUUUCUAUAAAGUCCUCUGAACAGAGUACAAAAUUGAAAAUUUGAUAUUUAAUAGACAUGUUUUUGCUCUUUAUAAUGGAUAAAGGCUGAUUAUUUUUCCUCAAAGGUUUGGAGUUCUACUUUAUGCUCUACUAGACAUAUACUGAAGGUGUAUUUCAGUGUUUGAAAAUUAGUGACCUCAAGGCAUUUGGGGCCUUAAUGUUCUUAUCUUCAGAACAUAGCACUGCUAAAUAUCAGCUUAUCUUCAGAACAUUAGCUUAAAUUGGAACAUUAACUAUGUUCACAUGCUUUCUGAAAACUCACUGCUUGUAAUUUCAGACUACAUUUUAUAGUUCCUAAUGGUAGCAUGUUAGGUCUUAAUUCUUGGAUUUUUUUUUUUCCCCCCCAGUUCAGGGCUUUGGUUGUAGAAAUAACACCUCUCCAAAUUCAUGAUUCUAGAGUUCUCUGGGGAUCGAUAAUUCUUUAGACAACUGCUGUUUUUCUCAAAGUACUCUCCCCCACCUCCUUUCCUGAGUUCUUUCCGUGAGUCUGAAAGAAGCAAGUUAGAGGCAGAGGGUCUGGAACACCUGCUAAUCUGUUUAUAUAUGUGGAGGGUAUGCCUGGGGUUAUAGGUUGUCUUCAGGCAGUAGCUGCUACUGGCAUCUGGAAAAGAGGAGCAGAAACAGGAAAUUAUUUUAUCUGAGACUGAGAGUCUUUUGAUGAUUCUCCUAACUCAGAUAAAGGUUUUGAUCAUUUUCAUGAAAUAAUGUAGGGAGAUUAUCUCAGCUAAUUAAAUAUUUACUACUCCAUUCUUUGAGGAUUAGACCAAGUCACACUGUAAAUGCCUAUUUGAAAUAACUUUUCUUUUUAAAAUAUUGAUGGUGGGGUUUCACUUUUAGGUGUCCAGACUUUAAAAUUUUUUCAGUACCUAUUCCCAUGGCCUGUGAUAAACGCAGACACCUGUAAGGAACUUUUAGAGUUGCCAGACUUUGGCUGUUGCAGAUCUGCGAAGUCCUAGCUUCUAAGGGUGGUUUUGUUUGGGCCUUUAGUAGGCCAUUGAUUGUCUUGAAAAGAUCAUGGAAAAUUGGGAGUCAUUUAAGAAUCCUGAACCAAAAUAAAAAGUUGUUACAAUACUGUUAACUGUUUCAUAAAUUGAGUAUUUUUAGGUAGCAAAUGUGUGAUCUUCCACAUAAUGCUCACUUUUGACUAUCUUGUAAACACCAUCUUAUUUCCAACUGCUAUGGAUUCAAUGAAAUGACUUGUAUCGUUUGGAGUGUAUAAUUACUUUGCAACCUUUUUUCCUUUUACUGUUGUGGCUUCAGUUUGGUUCCAACUUGAACAAGAUGCAUUUAGCAUGUGUUGUUACCCAAACCUGGCUUGACAUGUCCCAGGGCGGGUGGUGGGGUGCGGGGGUGGGAGUGGGUGUUCCAAGCAUGGGGCCAGAGCACAUGAAUCAUGGUCAGACAGCAAUGGCCCACCAACACUUCUUGGCCAGCGGAGCGGUAAGCCAACCACUGAUCUCUCUUUCCUCUGUGAAACUGAAUAACGAUUAAUAAAUUUUGUAAUUAGCAUACCCAUGAAAAA